AUGCGCAUAUUGAAGUUUGUCGCCGCCGCCGCCCUACUGCUACCGGUCCUGGACCUCACAACCCCCGCACCCACUGCCCUCACCCUCCCCUCCAACAACCUAGUCGAACAGGCAAUCGCCCCAUUUCGGCUGCAAGCCCGCGGCGGCAAAACGCAGUGGACACGCAGCGCAGUAGUGAACACACCGCCCUCGAGAACGCCGCGCAAGCAGGUUGUCACCUUGCAGCAAGCGCAGCCUGCCACUGUGCAGUCGGCCACCUUGUCGCGACUCGCGUACUACGUGAUUCACCCACAGAAGUGCUGGAAGUGCAAGAUCGUCUUUGGCGUCGUCUCGUUGCCAGGUAUAGAGGGUGUGACCCCCUCAAAGUGCGCAGGCGUCGCGAGGGAGGGCGCUUGGUCGGAGGUUGCGUUGAUGGGUGCGUUAUCUUUCGUUGGUGAUGCUCUUGGCUUAGAAUCGUCAAAAUCGGCGAAAUGA